CGAUUGUGUCGGUGACAGUUGCUGUUGCUUGGAUAUACUGUAUUGUUAUCUGCUUCACCCUGCAUCUUCAACCGCGAGUUUACACUUCAAUCUCUGUUCGCAUCAGCUUAUCCACAUUGCGUCGAUUUCACUUGUUGUGGUCCUUUUGUAGCUGUCGGCGAUAGCUUCGAUCGACAUGUCCGGCAAGCCAGCGCCGUACUGGGGAGCUAUCAACCCACCGCCAGACGUUGUCACUCAACGACAGGGCUCUCUUCGAAAGGGCUCUGUAGGCAAUGGAUCCAUGGGCCCGAAUCUGCAGAAAGCGCUCCCUACUGAACCAUAUCCGCGAGCCUCCCAGCCCCAGCCCCAGCCCAGGCCCGACCGCUAUUCGAUCCAUAGCCAAGCGCCCACGGAAUCGACGCUGAGCCCAUUCGCAUCGCCAGUCGAAUCGACAUUCCGCGCAAAAGGCCUUGCGCCUCGACCCCCUUCAUAUCAAUACGGCGAAGACCCCUACAAUAAGGAAUCGUUGGAGAGACGGCGCAAACGCGCCAGUGGAGAAAAGGCGCAACAACUAUUCGAAGAAAGCACGGGCCCGCCACCAGCAGCCCCGGAUGUUCCUCGACAGGGCCCUCCAUCGAGCUAUAGUCCUCCACAGUCCAAUGGCGACCGAUACUUGGAGUCAGAGGGCAUCAGGUCCCGAAGGCCACCCGAACCCGUCGAACGCGCCAGACAAAACCCCGAUUAUUACCGCGAAGCUUCCCAAUUGAACAAAGACCGCGGAGCUGGGCGCAGGCCUCUGAAUGUCGAUACAGAACUCGGUCGAGCAAAUACUACUGGAAACCUCGCGAGUCGCGACGACAACCCCGAGAGAUCAAAUAUAAGACGAGGGAGCGUACAAGCGCGAAAAGAGAGGCCGGAAAUCCGGAGCGCGGUUGCUAAUUCGCAAAACCGAAGGCGAUCAAGCGCUACCGAGCCAGGGGCACAACAGCAGUAUACGUCAAAAAGGUCCCCGCUGCAGAGGCUAGAACAGACUUUCAUCGCCAAGGAAGAGAAGCGGGCCCGCAUGGAAGAAGCUGAACGGCGCGCAAGAGAGGCGAAAGCAGGCCGCAGUGGUCAAAACACCGUCCAUUUCGGAGCCAGACAACCCGCAGAUGCGAGAAGCGAGCCGGGGGCUUUGCCAGAGGAAAGAGAGAUACAAAGAGAGAGAGAUACAAGGAGAUUGGGUAUUAUUGGUCAGGAUGACCGCCAGAUUCCGAGUCUGCAAGAAAGCAUGAAACCGGUACCUGUGCGACCUCCUGUUCCCAUCGGAAAAGAUGUUAGCUAUCAGCCGAAGCCUCAACUCCAGCCACAUCCUGAAACUGCGACUGCCGUGCCUGAACCCGACGUAGAACCCGACGUACAACCCCAGCCGGGAGUUCAGCGAGGACGGAGCUUCCGAGAGCGCGCAGGAGCAUUUUUGCAGCGAAAUACCAGUAACAGGCUGAAAAAGAAAGACCCAAAAGCCCCUUGGGAUGCCCUGUAUGAUAAACUCCUUGAUGCGAACAACAAGACUGAAGCGGCAAACAAGGCUAAAGGCCAUGACGAUCAGGCGCAGAGAGCAUUCUCAGCGGUGACCUUUGACUCUGCCCAGGUCAACGCUGGAAACAGAAACCGUGGUGCUGCUGUCGUGGCUAGUGGUGGUUCAAAACGCCAAGACAGAAAUAAUUUGGAUACGGAAGGACUGUCUGAUGAUGAUAGUCUAGACGCCGUGCCAAAACGAGGCAACUCAACGCGGAAAAUCGAACAGCUAAUGGGAAAUAAACUGGGGACAGACAUCCCAAGAACCAUAUCCCCACAACAGCAGCAACUCUAUGCGGACAGACUUGAUCGCUCGGAGGAGCUGGGCCCAGAGUUAAAUGCUAAUGCUGAGCGUGGACUUGACAGUGGAGCAACAGAGGUAGCGACUGUAAAUGGACCACGGUACGCCGUCCCCGCGGUGACUGCUGCUGGGAAUUAUGGGCAGGAACAGGCUGCAACGGGGCCGGAUGGACAUCAUUUUAUCUCAAAGAUAGUCCACGCAGGCCGUAAUAGGCGAGAUCCGUUUGAGCCAGGAUAUGGCCUGUACGCUCCAACAGAACGGCUGUUUGAGUGGAAGACUGCGGGUGUGGCAUCUCUGACUGGAACGUUGCUUGAUGUAAAGGAACCUCUACCAAAGCAAACAGAAGCAGACAAAGAUAAGGCGUGGUGGGAAGCUGGAAACACUGGGAGACGAAGGCGCAGUGUUGCCAAAACGACUGAAGAUGCAGAGACUCACAAGGAGACAAAAGAUGGCCCAACUGGAUUCAGCCCACGCCUAUUCUUGAAGUGUGGACCUCUACUCCGUUAUGCUGGUAUGAAGAAGGAGAUGGCUUCUCAGCGACCUGGGAGCCGCACCACAGCCCCCGCCAAAGAAAUCUGGAGAGGCAGUGUGAUGAUAGUCACAGAAGAUGCACGUUCUAAGUACGAUGAAGCGGUGCCGACUCUGCGUCUAUUUCCCCAGCCAAAAUCUCUGUUCCUGCCACCGCCACGUCACUUUAAGAGCGGCGCUGAUGUUGCACCGGAGUACGUAGACCCUCUUGCUGGGCAGACAAAGGUUGGGCGCGAUGGGAAGACGUUGUAUGUUCGCCCAGUGGAGGAAUUGGAAGAAGCGAUCGACCUGUCUAGAAAUGAGUCCGACGAAGGUAUCUUUGAGGGCCAACGCAGCCCGUCAGCUCAUGCAGAUGGCUCUGCUGGGCAAGUGGAUGGCGAGAUGGCUGGAAAGGUAGCUACCGUCAAGGGAUUCCGUCUACACGCCGAACCCGGUGUUACAUUUUGGCGCUUCAAUAUUGAAGUUGAGGUUACCGACAAGCAACAACGCAUUGCAUAUAAGAUCAACAAUGGUCCAGCUACUGGUUUCUGGGUGCCAGCUGUGGGACAGUCUAUGAACCUGAUGUUCCACAGCUGCAACGGCUUUAGUCUUAGUGUUAACAGGGACGAGUUCAGCGGACCUGACCCGAUGUGGCGUGAUGUGCUGAACACACAUCAAACGCAGCCAUUCCAUGUUAUGAUUGGAGGCGGAGAUCAGAUUUACAAUGAUUGUGUGAAUCAGACGGAGCUUUUCGCAGAUUGGCUUGCUAUGAAAAACCCUAUGCACAAGCACAGUGCAUCAUUUACGGCAGAUAUGCAGGACGAACUGGAAGAAUUCUACCUGAACAGAUACUCUAUGUGGUUUUCCCAGGGCUUGUUUGGCCUCGCCAACUCUCAGAUUCCUAUGGUGAAUAUAUUUGAUGACCACGAUAUCAUUGAUGGCUUCGGAUCUUAUCCGCACCAUUUCAUGGACUCGCCAGUGUUUUCGGGGUUGGGCAACGUUGCAUUUAAAUACUAUAUGCUCUUCCAACACCAGAGCAGUAUCGAUGAGGGGGAAGAUACGGAACCUAGCUGGUUGAUCGGUGAAAGCCCUGGACCAUAUAUCAAGGAGAAUAGCCGCAGCGUUUUCAUGUCUAUGGGAGCGGGCAUCUCCUUCCUUGGAAUGGAUUGUCGGACGGAGCGCGGUCGCGAAUAUGUGCUGUCGGAGGAAACGUAUCAAAAGAUCAUGGACCGAUGCCACGAUGAGAUUGUAUUGGGUGAAACUAAGCAUCUUAUUGUGUUGAUGGGUGUUCCGAUUGCAUACCCUAGACUCGUGUGGCUCGAGAAUAUUCUCACUUCGAGGGCCAUGGAUCCUGUUAAGGCUCUUGGUCGGGCAGGUCUAUUCAGCAGCCUCCUCAAUCAGUUUGAUGGUGGUGUUGAGAUUCUCGACGAUCUUGAUGACCAUUGGACAGCCAAAAGUCACAAAAAGGAGCGACAGUGUCUCAUCGAAGAUCUCCAAGACCUGGCAGCUGAUAAGUCAGUUCGGAUUACCAUUCUCGGCGGAGACGUGCAUCUCGCAGCCAUCGGACAGUUCUACAGCAACCCCAAGCUCGGAAUCCCCAAAGACAAGGAUCACAGGUACAUGCCGAACGUCAUAUCCUCCGCUAUCGUCAACACACCACCACCAGACAUGAUGGCAGACAUCCUCAACAAGCGCAACAAAGUCCACCACUUCGACGACGAGACCGACGAGAGCAUGAUCCCAAUCUUCACCCACGACGUCGACGGCAAGAAGCGCAACAACAACUGCCUCCUCCCCCGCCGCAACUGGUGCUCCAUCCGCCCAUACAACCCCGAGCUCUCACCCCCAUCAACACCAUCCGACGAGCGUAGUCCCAGUCCAGAGCGCCCUGGUCUUCUGCGUCGUCUCUCUAUAACUCGACGCCCGACGUACCGCGCGGACGCACCAAUGCGGAAUGAACCGUCCCGCCCGCCCGUUGCCCGCGGCGGCAGCGGUCUGCUACGCCGUCUGUCUUCGAGCCGAGGACGUCCGACGGAGCCAUACCCUGGCGGAAGACCAGAACCACCUCAGCGCACGCUCAGUCUCACGCGGGACUUCCGUCCCGCAGCGCUCUUCCGCCGCCUAUCCGGCCGACAAGGGAAGCGCACCACCGAUAGCGGCGGCAUCAACGGCUACAGCUCCGAGACGGACUCUGAGCCGCCAUAUAGCAGCGAAGACGUGCGAAUACCACGCAUCAGAGGCGGUGCCGGGGACGAAGACUACUUCAGCGCUAAACACAAGGGUAAGCAACCCGUCUGCAACCAGAGCAGCGACGACGCCUUCAGCUUUGAUGAAUCCCCCCCCUUCUCCACCACCGCCGCUCCACUACCACGCACACGCGCCCACUCGCGCCCCCCACCAAGCCACCGCAACAACUCCCUCUCCUCGCGCGUGCAGUCUGCGGAAGCGAUUGGGUUGCCGGGCGUUCCGCCGCUGCGGGCGUUCCAUCGCACGCCGACGGGGCUGAGUCAGAAGGCGGCGAAGGCGGGGAGGGAGAUGAGGGAGGAGGAUGCGAUUGAUCUGGAGGGGGGGCUGGAGAUUACGUUGAAUGUUGAGGUGAAUCAGAGGGAUCCGGCGGGGAUUACGGCGCCGUAUCGGUUGUUGGUUCCGGCGCUUUUUUUUGAUGGGGAGGGGGCGAGGGGGGUGGAGAGGAAGAAUAGUGUGGUGCAGAGGUUGAUGGGGAUGGGGAGGGAGGGGGUGGGCAUGUGA